AGGCCUUCGUACAUAUUAAUUUAUGAAUGUAAACAUUAUAGUCUGAAAUUACAAUAAGCGUAAUUAUUUUCAGUGUUUAUUUGCAGCCUUUCAAUAGCGAGAGAAAUCCAUGAGCACAUUCCCACAUAUGCAUCCUGUAGAUGUCAGUUUUUGUACUGUGGCAUUAGACCUAAUGCGAAUAGUACAUAUUCGUACACAUUAUUCAUAUUAUACAUAUCAUUCGCAUAUAAUAUGCGAAUAGUGUAUCUACACACUAUUCGCAGUUCAAGAACAAAUGUCUCAACGAGCAUUCUUCCCCCCCAAAAAGGUCAGCUGUUGACUGAUUUGUACAUAAUGAAUGAAGAUGAAUGAAAAAAUGACAUGUUUAAUCAAAUAUUUUCUUGCCAAACUGGUUUGGAUGGAGUGACAUCACACAUUGGGGCUGGGCAAGUCACGUGAUCGAUCCCUCUUCACCUGCAGCAGCACCAGUGUUUGAAGACAGGUGAAGGCAUCGAUACCAGGGAGCUUUGUAAGGAAAAACACGAUUUUCAAACUUCAAAGAUUUUCAAAACCUGUAUGGCAAUGUAACUAUUGUUUCGAGAUCUUAUCAGCUGCUAGGACAGAACAAUCCCCAUGUCAGCUGGAAACGGGUUAGCAUCCCGCUUUGAUUGGGUUCGAGAUAUGCCUCUGUAUGAUCAGGUGCCAGUUGGCUCACUGCCAUGGGGUCAGGAGCCUCCAUACCCUCUUGGUGGUGAAGUGCCAGCAACCAGCUAUGACUCUUUCCCACCUCCUCCACUCCCCGAAGAUCCUCCUAUUGGCCCAGAUUACUACUCCAGUGAUGUUGAAAACCAGGUGGAUGAUGCCAUGGACAUCAAACCCACCCGACGCUUCAUUCCUGACUCUGUGAAGAACUUCUUCAGGGGAAGUAGCAACAAAGGCAGCAAAAAAUGGACCUUUCCUCCACCUCCACCUGAAAAUGUUAACACCACCUCUGAAGGUGUUCCAUGCUCCCCUCCAAACUCACGCCCACCAUCACCGACAGCUCCCAGCUCCUACCUAGACCCUUAUGGAGGAUCUGGAGGCAGCUACACUUCAAGGAAGGAGCAGGCAAUGUUAUUAGGGGAGCCUUUGGAAUCAGUUUCUGGACGCUCUCUACAGACGGCCAUGACGUACAGUGAGAAGGUGGAGGACUACAAUCAACGCUAUGCAUACAUGAAAUCCUGGGCUGGACUUCUGCGGAUCCUGGGCUGUGUGGAGUUGCUUUUGGGGGGUGUGGUUUUUGCUUGCGUCUGUGCAUACGUGCACAAGGAUAAUGAGUGGUUUAAUAUGUUCGGUUACUCAAUGCAUCAAAUGUCUGGGGGAGUUUAUGGGGGAUCAUCAAUGGGUGGGAUGUAUGGAGGAUCUGGGAUUUCUUACUCUGGACCCCUGACUCCUUUUGUCCUUGUGGUGGCUGGAGUGACAUGGAUAGUGACCAUCAUUCUUGUGGUGUUAGGAAUUACCAUGUAUUAUCGUACUAUUCUACUUGACUCCAGCUGGUGGCCAAUCACAGAGUGUGUGAUAAACUUGGCAUUAGGAGUGCUCUACUUUGCUGGAGCAAUUGUGUAUGUUCGAGACACACUUCGUGGAGGUCUCUGCUAUUAUCCACACUUUAACGCUGGGCCCAAUGCAGGCUUUUGUCGAACAGAGUCUGGACAGAAUGCUGCCAUCAUCUUCCUCUUUGUCAACAUGCUGUUGUAUCUUGUGGGAGCUGGCGUGUGUCUGAAGCUGUGGAGACAUGAAGCUGCAAGGAUGCGCAGAGAGAAACUUGGUCUAGAUAUGAAAACAGCGUCAGUUCCACUCAACAUGAUUGAUGUAGGCUCCAGUGUCUCUGUGCCAAUCCAUACUGCACCAGUAAUGGCCCUUCCAAACUCUAUGAGUGGCACAACGCCUGUUCCUCCAGUUAUGAUGGAACCAGAGAUCUUAAGGGGUCACAUCCCUGCCGGACAUAUCCCCAAACCUGUGGUCAUUGCAGACUAUGUGGCCAAGUAUCCCACAAUCCGUACAGAUGAGGAAAAAGAGCGGUAUAAGGCAGUGUUUAAUGACCAGUACGCAGAGUAUAAAGAGUUGCAUGCUGAGGUUCAGACCUUAAAACAGAAAUUUGAGGAAAUGGAAAAUCUGAUAAGGGGUCUGCCCCAACAGCCAUCCAGUCAAAUGGAGCAAGACAGAAUAAAUGGCAUUGUUCAAGUGUAUCAGAGAAAAAAGACUGACCCGACAUUCCUGGAGAAAAGGGAGAGAUGUGAAUAUCUGAAGAACAAACUUGCUCACAUCAAGGAGAAAAUUCUGCAGUAUGAUAAAGUCAUGGACUGGAAUGAUGGUUACAGCUAAACAGAACUCCAUCCUUUUUUCCAAAUUCAUCACGAACUUAAGAGGGAUUCUCUGAAAAGAAACGACUGGCAUGAAAAAUAUUUGUUCAUUAUUUUUUCAGCAGCAUUUAAUAGACUGUUUGGAAUGGAUGUGUUUAGGCAAUCUCAGAGGUUAUUGCUUUUUGUGUUUCUCAAAAUCGCAACACAUCUUACAGUGUUGAUAUCGAAAUAAUUUCACAUUGAAUCAAGUUGAUUUCACUGAGCUGAAAAUUGCAAUAAAUAGGCAUCUAUCACUUAAACUGGUUCAACAGCUACAAAUAUCAGUCAUGUGUUACCUGCCUGGUUACUGUAGCACAACAUUUAAGUUCAGUCAUUUUUAAUAAUAUAUAUAUAUUUUUAUGUGCUUAUCAUACUUCUUUAUAUUUUAGAAGUUGAUAAUUUAAAGGAAGUCAAAUGAAGCUUUGAGCUUCUUCCCUAAUUGGUGAAAAAACAGUAGCUAAGUAGAGAAUACAUUGUAAAUGGCCAUCACUGUUGUAUUUGUUAACGUUAAGCAGAGAGAUGUCUAUGUAAUGGUCCUGGAUUGUUUGAUAUAUUUAGUAUCUUAGUUUUUUAAUACAUUUUCAUUUGUGUGUUUUAUGUACAUUUUGUAUUAUGUAUCGUUCUGCCUCCAAAUUGAAUUGAUUACUUUUUCAUUGACUAAGUAAAGAAAAAUAAAUAGGCCUAC